AAAACAAGUGGUUUAUGAUCCGUAUGGAUCACGAAAGGUCGCCCGAGUAAAUCUUGGUGAAAUCGAGUGGUGCCGAAGAUGACAGCGGCUGCAUCUCGAUCAAGUUGAGAGUAGUUCCGUUCUGCUGGUGUCAGGGUUCUUGAAGUAUAAGCAAUGGGACGUUGAGAGCCGUUCGGUAAUUUGUGCAUUAAAACAGCUCCGAGACCGUAAGGUGAGGCGUCACAAGAAAGAACAACAGGCUUCUGCGGAUCAUAAUGCACAAGAACAUCUGUAGAUGCUAAGAGUUUCUUGACCGCUUUGAAUGCAUUUUCAUGAGUAUUGUUCCAAUUCCAGCUUUGGUUUUUACGUAGCAGCUGGUGAAGCGGAUGCAGAUGAGUUUCUGCCGAUGGUAUAAACCUGGAAAACUGAGUGACAACACCGAGGAACGACCGCAAUUCAUGAACAUUUUUGGGUGCUGGCGUCUCAAGUAGCGCCUUUGUCUUUUCUUCCAGUGGGCACAAUCCUUCACGUGACAACCGAUAGCCAAGAUACUGUACACUCGAAACAAGGAACUCACACUUUUCUCUUUUUAGAACCAAACCGGCAUCCGAUAAUCGCUUCAGGACGACGUCCAAUGUAUCUCCUUUCGGUCUAUUACUCCCCAAAAUUCUCCCCGGACACAGAAGCCGUCGGAACCGUCAUCCGGACGCUUACUACAAUCCCUGAUGUUUAAGAAGUUGAGGGAGAUUGCUGGAUCUGACAAAGAAGACCGGAUUUGCACUGACUCCAUGGCCGCAGGAGGUAGUCAGCUGAGCGUUAACGACGCGAACAUGGACCCAGGUUCUUCAUCUCAGGAUCCCUUAAGCCGAGAUUCUGCAAAUACCAUGACCGCCGAUGAUUCCGACUCCGCAUCGGUCAUCUCGUCCAUCAUCUAUCCUCCUAGUACCGAAGGAGUCGACCUUCAUACCCGAUUUCAGCGUGUGCUUCGCUUGGCCCGAGGCUACAAGGAGAAGUUAAAACAGGCUGUCAGCGUAACAAAACGCUUGGAAAAAGAACGAGAUCAACUGGUUGAAGCUUUGGAAAAUAACCAAGCUAAGGUUUCACGUCGCAUACAGGAACUGCAGGAGCAGUGCGAAUUGGACCGACGAGCGAAACAGGACUUGGAGACGAACUAUCGCUUGCUGCUCAGUGAGAAAGAUGAAUUUAUCCAAGUGCUUCAACUUCAGGUGUCGCUUUUGAGAGAUGGAAAGGACCCACCUGCUGAAACAGAGUCAAAGAUUAAGUCUACUCUUGAACGAGAAGCCGAACGACAGCGUUCACUGGAACUAGAAAAUCACACCUUGAAAGCGAAAGUAGCCGAAUUGGGGAACGAGCUAACGCAUACUCGACACGAGUUCACUGAUAGUCGCUUGAUGCAGUCCGCCCUGGAGACGCAGGUGGCUCACCUGAAGGAGCAAUUAUCGACCUUGACGUCGGGCCGCUAUAUGGGCGCUAGCAGCGCUCCGUCCUGCGAUGUGACCACGUGUGGGAUUUGCGGAGAGUCUUCCGAAUCUUUGCGAGCCGAGCUGGCUUCUAUUCAUAAGCAGUUGUGCACUAGUAAGCUGGAGUGCUGUCGAUUACAAAAUGAGUUGGAUUACUACAAAAAUCUUCCGUUUGUCGAUCAAUCUACUGUGGCGCAGAUGACUACAGAGAAGGCAGAGCGACAACUGGCCUUAAGUCCCAGAAGUUCCAUCACCGUACCCGAGGGAUUCAUCAGCUAUCCAACAGAAGCCUCAGUAUGUACGCAAGAGAGCGAAUUGGCACCGCAAUUAACUAAUGCUUCUGCUUGUACGGUGGAAUUGGUAUCCAAAUCAUCCUAUUUUCAAGCAUGCAAUAAACCUGAAGCUCUUGUAUCCCAACUUGACGGAACGGAAAGAAGUCUUUGUACAAGCAUUAACGAUGUAGUUGAAAAGGAACGUACUUUGCGUUCAACCAUGAUGCGUGAUUUUGCAAAUAUUUUUAAGCGGUUAGGUCCUAAUGUGUUUAUUAGCGAUUUGGAAAACAUGAACAACUGGUCCUAUGGGAAAAUGCUUGAAGAAUUGGUUAAAUUUCUGAAUUUCGCCGCCGAACAAAUAGUAGAGAAGAACGAUAGUGUAUUUCGCCUUACAAACGCUCUGGAAGCUGCGGAACAAGAUUGCAGGGACCGCGUGAAUUCAUUAAUCUGCGAUCACGACUCACAGUUAUGCAAUCUACAAGCGAGCUUAGCAACAGCAAUCGACUCUAGAAAUGAGCUAGUGCAAAAGUUGGAUGCAUCAACGAAGCAGGUUUUAGACUUUCAGAGAGAAUCUGAGGAAGUCCGAUUGCAACUCAUCGAGGCAAAACGUAUGCUCCAAGACACUCAAGACUUGCUCUCUCAUCAUGCUGCAGAUCGAGAUCGACUCACUGAAAAGUGUGCCAAACUAGAGUCCGCUUGCAAACUUCUGGAAGAUGAGAAAAAUAGUCUGCUUACUCGGCUCUCUUCUGCCGCUGCUAUCGAAACAGAAUGUAACGAACUAAGGAACAAAGUCUCUGAGCUUACCCAAGCCAUUGACGAGCGAAAAUCCACAUUGGAUACCGAAGUUGCGGUAUUGUCUGCGCAUCUCUCCGAUUCAAACGCUCGCCUGUCUAGGGCGAACUCACUAAUUAAACGACAUCACAAUCUAUUCAACCAAAUUGUUGAUAUGCGCCAGCAACUCGUAUCAAUCAGGUUGUCUUUAGCCCAACUCAAGUCUGACUUUCAAUCCGCUUUGGAUAAUACUUCUGCUUGGCUCCCUGAUCUCCUGCAAGAAUUCACCAUUCAUUUGACUGCCACCUUACCAGCCACAGGAUACGGUUUUGUUCCGACAAGGACGGUGUUACAAACAUGCCCUCAUUUUGAACCUCAUGAAGGCGGUGCAAACCUUCGGUGCUCUAAGUGCGCCGAGAUUGAACGAAUUGAGCAUGGUUGCUUUUCGGACCAUCUUGCUUCUGUCAGUUGUCAAAAACUUGGUGAACAACAUGAAUUUGAACCACUUCACACUGAUGAUAUAAGUCCUUCUGGCAGACAUGUGGUUGUUUUGGACAUGGAGUCCCAAACCGUUGCUUCUUCCACGGAUAAGGAGUCACUUUGUGCUGCUCUGCAAGACGAAGUUUCACGCUGGGACGAUCGAACGCAGGGUUUCAUUAAAAAACUACGCAGUGAACAGGAGACGCGUUUCUCAAACCUCUCGGCCUUGCUGCUGACCUUCGCUGGACGGCUAAGUAUUGCUGAGCAGCAGCUAAACUCAGCGAAAUUCAACGCCGAAUUCGUCCGCGAUCUGCAAACUCAGGUGAACGACCUUCAGUCUUCAUUAACGUCCUCGGAACACCGUAAUCACCAGUUGAAUAGCGAUCUAUCCCAUCUACUCACUCAGGUCUCGGAGCUAACUGACGUACGCAUCCGCUCACAGCAUGAUAUGUCAAUGUUAUCCCAACGUUGGUAUAAGUCCCUGCUCCUCAGCCUACAAUCCAUGGUCGAAUGUGCCAGCGGCUUGAUGACGUGCAUGCCUCCGCAUCACAAGGGUCCGCUUAUCGACGAGCUAACACUGGUGAAAGAAGGGAUUUCCAGCUUUUCAUCUGUGGUCUCUUCUGAUCCACCUGGUUCCAUGAGUUUCUUGGACGACUUUGAGCGUUUGCAACAAACGCUUGUGGAUUUCCUCACCAGGGUAUGUGACGCCAUGGCGCAGAGCCAUGUCGACUUCUCAGCUGAAGUGGUGAAGACUUCGUCUGCUCUUUUGGAAUCGAAGAAACAAGUUACUUCCCUUCAACAGGAAAACGAAGAUUUAGAAACCGAGCUACUGAGAGCUAGGUCUGGGUUGGACAAUGAUAAUGCUCCACUACAAAUCGAAGAGCCUUCCGUGGUUGCGACCCGGGAACAACAACAAAAUUCGACAGAAAGUCCGACACCGAACCAACUUGGGCUUUGUUCGCUUUCGAAAGUUGAGCAAGAGUAUGCUGACCGAGUGAUGUCGUUAGAACUGCAGUUGCAAGAAUUCAAGGAGUUGUGCGAGGCUAAGAACUCUAUGAUUGAGGUCAACGAAGAUGAGAUAAAACGGAUUAAAGCAGAAUCAUCCAAUCUCAACAAGCUGUAUGCUGAUGCGCAACAGCGUUUGAGCGCAAUGCAGCAGGAACAUGCAGAUCUACAAAGUCGACUAUUAGAGUCACAAAGCGGCAGAGUGACAAUGGAACGGCAAUUCGAGUGUCAACUGGCUGAUGUGAGAUCUGCGGCAAGUUCCAGGGAGAAGCAAUUGCGACAACAACUGAAGGAUACCAGAAAUCGCCUAAAACAACUACUUCACGAUUCAGAGUGCAUGCGAAAAUCAACCGUUUCGGUGUCAACACACGCUGCCUCUCCACCAACACAGACACAAGGCACGGAGAUGGGAUUCGACCUUAUGUGCGAUGAGUGCGAACGCAUGCAAAGAACCAUUGGGGAUCUUCGUCGUCAGCUGGAUGAACUCGCAUCGAAUCACACUGCACAGUGCACAGAACCUAGUCCCUCGGCAAAACAAUCUAACACGCAUACCGUCGAUGAGCCGGCGGAAGAUUAUCAACUCCUCGCCGAAUCGCUCAAGGCUGAGCACGCGAUGCAUGUGCAAGAGAUGCAGCGGGAUUUUGAACAGCAGCUUCGCUCAAAAGAGUCCGAUUUGCGCACUUGUUUUGAAAAGGAGUUGGAUCGUCUGCGUGGUGAUGAGGCGCGAAGACACCAAGCCGCAAUGGAAAAUGUGCAGUCCCAGUUGAAUUCACUACGCUCGGAAAACGAAGAUCUUCACUCACAAGUCAGUCAUCUUCAAAGUGAACUAAUGGUUGUCUCAUCUACUAGGGGCGAAGAGUCUUCAGCUCUUCAAGCGGAUGUAUCAGAUUUGCGAUCGCAAGUCUCGGACCUGCAAGCCAAAUUGGAGCAGGCGACGCGCUCACAUCAGCAUCCAAACAAAAGUCAACCAUCCUCUGGUAUAUUAACCAUCCAUUCGGAAGAUGCAUCGGCGGAUCCCAGCAGCACGCAGCAAAUAACACGGACGCAAAUUCAAACGACUGCUCUUCCCCGAGACUACACGGACGUUGCUCCAUCCUCGGACUUGGUGCGCCAGCUGCGAGCCGAAAUUCUACGCGCGGACUCCAUUGACUCCUUACAUCCUUCGGUGCGAUCAAGUCAUUACUCCAACCAGGUGUUUAUGCAGGAUUACGAAGCACUGCAUUUACACAAUGCCGACCUACAAAAUCAACUGCAUCAGCUGGCUGCCGAAUUCGAAGCACUUCGGUCACGUUGUCCCACGUGCAAUGGCUCACGCGAUCCCGAUUCUAGCAUCCGAUCUUACUUCACAACCACUUACAGCCCGUCCAACUGCUCAGUUGGGUUUCCUUUGCAUGAGUCAGUGGAAUAUGAGUAUCUGAAAAAUGUCCUUUUCGAAUACAUGAUGGGACGCGAAACUUGGACAUUGUCGAAAGUAUUGUGCUCCAUCAUGCAAUUCAACCCCGAGCAAACCAAACGAAUACUGCAACACGAGGGGUCCAAAUCUCGAACUUGGACACUGCAAACGCGAAUUGAAUGAGUGUGAGUUCAUGGACUCGCAACUAUGCCGCCAUCUCCACUGUUUCGACAAGUCCAACCCCUGGAAUCCUUCAACCAGUGUGCUUCCACGUCAUUGUCUCUACUUUAAACUUUAACCACUGCCCAAACGUGCUCAUCCUAUUUCGGUACAAGUGCCGAUCAGAUACACUUUUACUUUCUUCUCUGUGUUAGGCUUACUUGUUUUUAGCCCCAUACUGGCUGUGCUCACAUUUUCUACACAAAAUCGAUGCCACUCGAUAUCUGCUUCCAUUGCCAAAUAUGGUGCCACGCUUACGUGUGCAUCUAUUUCAUUUCGUUUCCUCGUCCCUCUAACCUGGCCAGUCUGUGCAAAGCCUGCUAUUUGUCAUACGACUUUCCUAUUUUGGGAUAUUCUUGUUUCUUCCUAGGCUGUACAUUGGCGUUUUCUUUCUGAGUUUAAAUGAUGUGUUAUCACCUGCGUUUUCUGUCCAUUUUGUGCAUAUUUAGUUUGCUGUCGGAGUAUCAUGUUAGAAUUUUCACUAGUCU